UUAUAACUGGAAAAAAUAUCACUAAGUUCAUAUAGGUAUUUUAUCAAAAGUUACAAUUUUUCCAAAUUUUUUUUGUUUGUAAAACUAUUUAUUAAAUUUAUUUUCAAAAAUAUUAAAGGAUGUUAUAGGAAAACAUGACACAAAAUAUAGAUUAGUCUAAAGGACAUAGUUACCAUUUUUUUGCUCUAAAAAAACAGUUUUCCCAAAAAUCUUUUGGACUUCUUAUAAGUAUGUCUCGAUCUUCUGAAUAUUGUUUUUUUGUAGGUGUUAAACUUCCCAUAUGUAAGGAAACACGUUUUAUACGUGAGGAGGUUCUUGUUUAUAUCUUUAAGCUUUAUCCUGCUGAGUAUAUCAUCUAGCGACGUAAAUCUACCUUGUGACUCAAAUAUUCUAGAAAUUUAUCCAACUCGCAAGAAGCUUCUCGAUAAAAAAGUUUACAUUAAAAAUAUUGCAUAGCAAAAUACCCUUUGACGUCAACUGGCAGAAAAUUGAGUGAAAUAGGUCAAUUUUUUUUAUUAAUAGGUUUAGAGUUCACAAUUUGACACUUCAUCACAUCUGCUUUGUGAUUCUUUUUCAAAAAUACUCAGAAAUAUUUUGAAAUCUUUUCUGAGAAUAUAAUGCAUAAAGGGGGUCGAUUAGUAAGAAUAAUAUCACACAUUUACACAUAUAAUCACCAUGGAUCCAAGCCUCAACACUUGGUAAAUAAAGACACCAGUAUUUCCAAUAGGAUUAACUAGUUUAUCCUUAGUUAGGUACUUAUCCAACUUCAAAUGAGUUAAAUAUAUAUUUUUAUCUCUCGUUGCCAAAUCAUUAAAUUUUUCCAUCAAAAUUUUUGGUCAGUAUUGCAUCUAAAAUAUUACUCAAUUCAUGCUCCAUUGCCUUCUCACUGGUUGGGCCAUUGAAGUUGUUAAUAUUUAUCCGCAUGAGUGAUAGAUCCUAGAUUUUACCAGUUUUAGGCCAUAUAUUAUGCUAUGUUUAGAGUCCUUAUUAUCUAUUUCGAGUCUGUUCUACGUCAUUUACAGGUUCAUGUUAGUUUUGGAGCACUUUGGAAAAUAUGGAGAAAAAUGGAGGUUAAAAGGAAGAGACCCCAUAGCUGUGUAGAAAUUGGAGUCAAGACAUGUUGUGAGCGUCAAACAAUGUAUCUUUGGCGUCGAUUGAGGUUGAUGAAAAAUAACGAAGCCGACUAAACUUUCAACAAUUGCAUUUUCCCAUAAAUUUUCUUAUUUGCAAAUAAGCCCAUGAGCAUGUUUAACCUAUUUCUAUCUAUUUUCUAGCCAAUGUUUAGGAUACACUUUAUACUUUGAGAGAGAGAUUUUGGAGAGAAUAUCAGAACUUCUUCAAAGAUUGAUUGAAACCUCUAUAUUUCUUUCCCUCAAUCUAUUAUUCAUUUUUUUUAUUUUAUUAUUGCUUCUUUUAUGAUCAUGUCUGAGUAAUAUAUUUGUUAGAUUUAGGGAUUUUCUAAGGUUUUAAUGAAUUUGUGAUUGAUAUAUAUGCUAGGGUAAAUCCAGUGUCUCCUUCAUUAGGAUUGUUCUUUCUGCUUUUUCUUCGAGUAAUUAACUAGUAACUUGAUCUUAGGAUAAUUGGAAUAAAACGAGAAUGUGACUGGUUUCCUGAUCUCUAUCCUGCUGAGCUAGGUUUCUAGACACAACAAAAUUUGCCCUAAUUAACUUAGUGAACAUAUCGAAUAAAAUCUUAAUGUCUAUCUAGAAAAAUUGGUCGCACAACGAGAGUUAGCCUUCGAGGAUCUAGACUUAGAUAAUUGUGAUUGGUUAAUAUUAUUAGUGAACUAAAAUUAUCUUUGUAAAAUAUUAUUUUCAAAGAAAAAAAUUACAAAAUCAUUAAGACUCACAUCAACUAAAAUACUGGAAUAAGAAUGUUUUUAAAAAUUGAAAGUUUCUAACUUGCCGAACUUAGCUAUGGUUGAUGGUUUUGUACACGAAUAAAAUAAAUAAUUGUGAUUGGUUAUGAAUUAAGGAAACUUAGGUAGGAACACCACACAUAAAGUCGGAUCUUUAGUUUAGCCAAAUAUUGCCCCUUUUUUUUUGCUGAGUUUUCAUAUCAUACCAAGAAUUAUAAAUAUAAUCAGAUUGGUAGAAAAAAUUUGAAAAAUAAAGCUUUAAUAGAAAUCAAAAUUUAUGAAAUAGAUCAAAAAACAAAAUUUAGAUGCCGAGUGAAUAGAUCACUUUAUUUUCCACGCAACUCUAACACUUUUCACUCGAUUGUAUAGAGUUUUUAUUAUAUUUAUCAAGAAACUUUAUAAAAAAAUACAUGCUAUUGGUUAUAGAUUGUAUUACAACAUGCCCAACAAUAUUGAAAGUUUUGUAUCUUGUCGAACUUAGUCAUGUUAUCAAUUUUGCAACAUGCCCAGCAAUAUUAACACGACGCCGAACCAUUUUUAUUAGUAUUCUUAAAGUAUGGACCAAUGAUUAUGUAUGUUAAAUAAGCUCAUAAUAUUUGUUUUACAUUUAUUUUAUUUUUCUUUAUAUUUGUAGAAGAACUCAAGAAAGUAGCUGCAGGUAAAAUAUUUGGAUCCAAAGCACCAAGCCGAACUAGAUUUGAAAGUAAUACUAAACACAAACUAAAACUGAUUAAAUACUUAGAUGGAUCUAAAAAUUAAUAUUCAGAUAAGCAAACCCGAAUCUGAUCCAAAAUAAAAUAUUUUGAAUACCAAAAAUAUCUAAAUCAAAAUUAUAUACUUAAAUAUGUUAAUUAUUUUAAAUUGUGUAUCUAUUAGUUAUUCAAAAAUAUGAAAAUAUCUGAAAAUUAUCAACAUAGUCACAAGUAAAUAUCUAAAAAUAACAUUAAAGUGUUCAAAAUACUGAAAAUAUUUACUGUUCUCCAUCCAAAUAUUUAAAUUGAACUAAUUUUUAUGUAAAUUUAAAUAUUUAGCCUUACAUUAUUCAAUUUUUUUAUGAUUUAUAUUAUUUUAUUUUUGGAUUUUGAGGAUUUAAAUAUAUUUGGAUUUUUUUUUAAAAAAAUACAUAAUUAAAAUAGGUAUAGGAACUCGAAUCCGAACUGAACACGCAAUGAUUCGAACCAAAUGCAAACCAAAAUUUGUAAAAAUCUGAAAUCCGAAUGGAUCAACUUAAUCCGAAUGGAUAUAUGAAUGUCUAUCCCCCAAAAAAACUUAUACAACAGAUCUCUUAGUACAACAUACAAUAAAUAAUCUAAUAAACUAUUUCGUUCCGCGCACCCUUGAUUAUAAAUAUUAAAAGGAGUGACCAAAAAGUUAUUGAGAUUAAUUAAUCUCGGGAUUCUAGUUUCUCGCCAGGUAGACUACUUAGGGAUCGAGCUGUUGCUCCUCAAAUCUCUAUGUAAAGAAAAUGAUAUGUUAUGCUUUUCUAGUUAAUUCUUUCUAAUCUCCCAAUUAUAAACCCUUUCCCCGCUUCAUGAUUUGAAGUAGAACGUUUGAGUAAUUCAGAUCGUAAGCAAUCACUCUUUUCUUUGUUUUCUGCUUUUUACAUCAACCCAUAUAAUUUUUAUAGGGUUUUUGUUAUCCAAAAGUAUUUUGAUCAAAUCUAAUUUUCUUCUUUUUGUUAUUGUUUGCAUCUGACGGUUAUAAUAUGGUUGAACUCUUGUUUCUUCUAUCCUUUUUGGUGGAACUACAAAGUAAUUGCUUUCAGAUAAAUCUUGAGAACGCAUUAAUGAAAAAUGGAGUGAGUUUUAUUUCAUUACUUUUUAAGAAACCAGUUUCAUGGUUGUCUUUUAUCGCCCCACCAUUUCUUCACAUCGUAGGGCUUGAUUUCUCGCAAAUCAUCCUAACCUCAGCUGCUGUGUUCUUCUCCUCUUUUUUCUUCUCCUCUUUCUUAUUCCCUCUCACAAUCCAAAAACCAAACCCUAUGAUAGACUCCAAGGUUCAAGCUAAGGAUCUUGGUCAACAAGACACUUUAGGAAACAUCGAAAUAUCUACGAGCACUGAUGAUAUUGUCAGAAAUAAAGAUGAAGAAGAGGGAACAAUUCCUGAUGAGGAAAGCCUUAUAGAACUCUCCUUACCAAGCGGUCACUACGUUGGCCAGCAAUUCAGUACUAUGACUGUACAUCAAGAUUUCGGGCAUAUCCAACUAUUAGCCGAGUCUGAAGAUGAUAAUCUGAUCGAAAUCGAUAUUUCAAUCGGAUCCAUCAAAUGUUCCAGGUUUCAGUUCAAAGCCUGAUACAUGUUCAUAUUUUCUACAACCACGAAGGGAAUAACGAUUGUAUGUAAAGUAAUUAUUCCGCUAUUUUUGCACGCCACAAGUUUUCUGUGUGUUUUUAAUAAACUAUGUAGUUGCAAUUUAUACUUCUUUUUUUUCUCCAGCCUUGUGGGGUUUUGCUAUUGUUGUCAAAACGGAACAAAAAUUUAUCACAGUUAUCUCUUUGGUAUAAAACCAAUUUUGUCCAUUUUGUCAUUUUUUUAUUUUAUUCUUUCUUUUUCUGAAAUUUAAUGAAAGAAAUAGUUUUAUGAAUAAAAAUUUUUUAAAAAUAUAAACAAUUAAUAAAACACCAAUAUACACAAACACAUAUAUUUUUUUAGCCGAAAAACUUGAUAAAUAAAAUUUUUAAAUUUUGUUCUGCUGAAAGUAGAAUGUGUCUUCUACGGAAAAUGAGUUAGUAGAAAACGAAUUCCAGAAUAAACAAAUUCAUCUACUUUUUUUUAAACGAAAAAUCUACUUUUAAUUAAAAUUCUAAAUAUGGGAAUGCGAAUUCUACUAAUUGUAAAGAUCUACUUUUCUCUCAAAUGCAGUUUCUACUUUUAUGAAGUAUUCUAAAAUUUCGGAAAUGCGGAAUCUAAAUACAACACGUAAGUCUACAUGAGAUAGAAAAUGCAUUCAAGAUUUUUUCUUCUACGGAUAAGAAAACUUGUUUUUCGAAAAUUAAGGAAGUUUCUGUUAAAAAAAAAUAUUCUAAAAAUAUUCGAACUUCCUAAAACAUGUUUUCAUCGAUUUGCUUUGCCAAAAUAUCAAAAAAAAAAAUCAUUUUCUUCUUCAUCAAUCUAUGAUUUUCCCAUAGUUUGUCUUGUGAUUUUCACAAACUCUUGUUCUAUGAUGCAUAUCUAUACAACAUGUGGUGUUUGGAAAUUUGGUGCAACCACAAGAUGAGUUUUUUUGGGUGAUGACAAAAGGGGUAGGCUACUGCUCUUGGAAUCAAGUUCUACCUUAGAAAAUUUUAAAAGAAUGGUUGUGGAGGAUUUUGAUAUGGAAGAAGAUUAGGGUUAGUAGGGAUAUUUGGUUUCGAGUGUCUUUUGUUCUCUUUUUAUUUGUUUUUACAUUUAUUUUGUCUUUCUACAAUAUUUUAUUUUUAUAUUUUUUCAUUAAACUGUUAAAAAUAGUUUUAAUAUAUGCUUAAUGAAAGGUUAGUUUUGGUAUUAUGAACAAUAUUAUAUUAUAGGGACAACUUAGUGAUGCUACUAUACUAAGGGGACAACCAUCCUAAAUUUUUGUUUCGCUUUGGUAAUUUCCCAAAAUUUAAAUCAAUAACUGAAACUAUUUAGUUUAAUAAAUAAUGGUCAAUAUCCCAGUAAAUUACAUUGACUAAAAUGCGAUCGAGUUGUUAAAUUCAGUAAAUUACUAUACUAAGGGGACAACCAUCCUAAAUUUUUGUUUCGCUUUGGUAAUUUCCCAAAAUUUAAAUCAAUAACUGAAACUAUUUAGUUUAAUAAAUAAUGAUCAAUAUCCCAGUAAAUUACAUUGACUAAAAUGCGAUCGAGUUGUUAAAUUCAGUAAAUUACUAUUUGACUUGUAUUUUCAUUUUUUGAAUGGGUUGGCACGUGACGGUUGUAAGACAACGAUCACAGCUAUAAAUUUGGAUUUCAACAACUAUCACAACUAUUGGUAGGGUGAAAGUAAAUCGAAUAUUGAAAAUCACUAUCUGAAAACUUGCAAAUAUAUACAAAACUAUGAAGUUUUUUGCACCAUACUUGGUUAUAAUAAUUAAAAAAUAUUUUAUUUUAAAAUAAAAUUAUAUAUAUAUAUAUAUAUAUAUUUGUAUAUAUAUUAUAUUGCAUCUAAGACCAAGUGCAAUGGCGUGUUGAAAAAACUAAUUCAACAGUUGACCAGAUGCAGUGGUGUGUUUAAUCAUAUGUUUAAAAUGACUUGACACACAACUAGCUGAAAAAAUUAAACCCGUUGAGAGGGAGAGAGACAGUCUGAUGUGGCAUAGUUACAUUGGCCAAAGAGAAAGUGGUUCUGCCAACUUUUCUUUGAUUGGCUGUGUUUUUUUUUUUCCUCUUCUACAUUAUUUCAUUCAAUUAUUCUAUAUUAAAAUAUUUAUUU